AUGCCCUACGCCACUCCCUCCCCCUCCACCUCCCCCGUCAGCACCAUGACCCUCCCGCCCGCUCCCCCGCUCUCCCUCCCCUCCCCUCGGACCGAGAAACGCCCGACAAGACACCACCACCGCUCGCACUCUUCCGAACCGGUCGCGAGCACGAGCAACUUUAUUUUCGUGCAGCCUGCGACGCCAGAGUCGGGGGCGUCAAAGGCCGAGAGGAGGGGGUACUUUUGGGCGCACACUACCGCCAACGGAGCGGGAGGGGGGAGCGCGAGUCCAGGUGAGGCAGGGUCCGGGUCGAGUAGUCCGUCGUUCAACACGGUUCCGCGACGACAAGGAUGGAUACGACUCGCUGCUCUCACGCCUGCUACGACGACGGCAGGAGGAGGGAGUCCCGGCCCGUCGUCGCAGGAGGAAGGGUCGGAUGGAGGCGCGUCUGCGCGAGUCGCGGCUGCUAGGUCGCCUGGUUCGAACCCGACCGUCUUGCCCAAGGUCUCCUCAACGUCGACGUCGACGGCGGGCGGGAUCUUCCAGAACGCCUAUCCGUUCGGCGAGACGACUCGCGGACGGAGUCCCUCGUCCGCCUCGGCAUCCGACUCGGCCCUCGCCUCAGGCGACGAAGUAUCCACCCCGAAACCGGCUCCGAUGCUGCGCAAAAAGUCGGGCGAACUCGUCCGACCUUCUCUAAAAACCGAUACGAUGAGGAGGGACUUUUCCAAGCCUCGGUCGGCACCUACGACGCCUGUCUGUCCGAAAUACGUCCACUUCGAUACCCAACUCGAACACGUCAAGCAUUUCCUCGCGCAGCAACGACCGGCGGCGGUGUCGAGGUCGGGCAGUCCGGUCGAGACGGAGACGGAGGACGAGCCAGAGGCGUUUCCGUUCCCCGCUAUGGCGACGCCUCAAGCAGGGACGGUCAAACUCGUCUUGCCGAACUUUCCGUCGGCGAUCGCGCGCGCCCAGGCGCAGAGGGACCAGGACGUCUUCGUCGACUCGCUCGAGAUGACGCCCGACGGUCGGUCGAUUCGCGGACUCGUCAGGGUCAAGAACCUCGCUUUCGAGAAAUGGGUCGCGGUGAGGUUCACGCUCGACAACUGGCAAACCGUCAGUGAAGUCUCGGCAGACUAUGUCGAUUCCCUCCCCGGCGCGGACCGGUUCAGCUUCAUGAUCCGACUGCAGGAUUUGCUGGCUAGGUUGGAGGAGAAGACCAUGUUUCUCGCCGUGCGGUACACGGUCGGCGGGAAAGAGAUCUGGGACAACAACGGCGGGCAGAACUACCGCAUCGAGUUUCGCAAGGUGCCUGCCUCAUCGUCGGGCGCGGCGCAGAGGGCGGCGGUUUCGGCCGCUCAGCAGCAGAGGAAGGCGGCUUGGAGCGUGACGAAUGCUGGUCAGGCGGCGGAUCGGAUGGCGGAUCUGAGGCGCGAAUUGGAUCGGCUCGUCAGGGAGGACAAUUUCGACGACGACGAUGCCGGCUCCGCCUCUUCUUCCUCGACUCUCGCAGGCGACUCGAACGUCACGGCCGGAUUGGGCCUCUCGUCGGCUUCGUCGGGUCGAAGCCUGCGCCUCGGGCACGACUCGCGCAGUUUCUCCGACUCGGUCUCGGGUUCGCUCUCCGGCCGCUACGACUUUGGCAACUCGCUCAAGAUGUACAAUGGCGGUACAGGCGCGGCGGCGGUGGCGGGACCGCCGCAGAAGGGGACGAGCUCGUUGAGGGAACGGGUCGGGGCGAAUAGUCCCCGCUUUGUCGAUGGCUUGCCUCAUCCGGCCGCCUCCCAGCCGUUCUUUGACCCCGUCUCGACUUCGCCUCAGCGUCCUCGCGCACCUCCCCUCCCCGUCCCCUCGUCUCCGCCGCAGACUUCCUCGGCGCCGUACUCCACGCAAAUCAUCAACGGCCACCCCGCGACCGUCUUCGAGCCGUCGAUCCCAGCGCCGAUCAACUCGCACCGGAGCGACUCGCCCACGCAGCAGCAGCUCCAGCCGGACUUUGGCUUGCCCAGCGCGAGCCUCAAGCCGCUUCAGACGUCCAUGGCGAUGGCUAGUACGUCUGGGACGUCGACGGCGUACUUCUCGCCCACGCUGCCGAAUGCCACGCCGCGCCCGCAUAGCCCGCAGCAGGACUCGGGUCUCCCGCCUAGCUACUUUUACCCGCCUGGCAGCAACGUAGGUGGGUUGCCGUACCUCCCGUUGCAGGACGCGACGACGCACGGGUACGGCGGCGGAGUCGCCGGCUCGACCAGCCGUGUGAGGUACAACACCCACCCUGCCGGCGCGAGCGGAACGACCGGCAUGCAAGGUCCGAACUCGCCUCGCACGAGCACCUACUCGCCUCUCGUCCCGCCUGCGUUCCGCGAACACCGCUCCCGCCUCUCGCCUUUCUCGUCGCCCGCGCCCUCUCCUCCGAACGGCAUGUCGCCCAGCGCCUCGCCGCCCGCCUCGACCUCCCCUCUCCCCGCGACGCGCAAGCUGCGCAGUCCGCCGCCCGAACGCGCAGACGACAGCGACGACGCAGGCUCGUCGCAGAUGUGGAGUCCGGCUACGACCGACUCGUCGACCAUCUCGUCCGUCUCGUCUGGCUCGUCACUCCUCUCGGACCACAGCGGGCGGAUCCAUCCUCGGCGCGAGGACAGCGAGAGCUCGACGAGCAGCUUGCUCAGUUCGCCCGAGAGCGACGCGACCAGCGUCGCCCCUGAUAGUCCGUCGUUCGUCCCCGGCCAAGGACCGGCAAAGGGCCCGAUGAACCGCCCCAACUCGGCGCUCGAGUUUUCCAACUUCCUCGACCGGUACCGAUUCCACCUCGGCUCGUCGGCGACGUCGUCGAACGCCUCGUCGCUCGGAUUGUCAGGCUCGUCGUCCCCCACGACCGACUUCUUCAACUUUACCUCCGCCGCCGUACCGAUUCCCGGCACGAUGACGCCGACGAGCUCGUCCGACGCUGGAUCGGGGUCCAACUCGCCGACACCGAAACACCUCUCGCCUCUCGCCGUCGCCGUCGCUGCGGCUGCGACUUCUCCAGGCGUCGUCACGCCCACUAUGACGAGCCACCAGAUGGUCUCGUAG